GUUUGCGGUGGUCGCAGAGCGCAAUGGGAAAAGGAGUAGAAAAGGUCGCCUCGCCCUAACCUAACCUAAACGCUGUCAAAAUGACUCUGUCCCCAACCAUAACAAAGUCUCAACAAUUCCAAUAAAACAUCAUCUUUCCCCCUAGGCAGGAAAAAAUGAUAGCGUCUCAAGCACACACACUGUCCAACAGCUACAGUAAUCGUUGUUCCGUGCCUCUCUUCACCGUGACACCUCAUCCUCUGAUAUUCCUUAAGUUUCGUUCUUCAAUGGCCACAACUGACCAGACAUGCAGGAGGAGGAGGAGAAAUUGGAGGAAGAUAACCACAUUUUUUCCGUCCUCUUCAGCGAAAGGAGCUGCUGCUACUGAUUCGUCCUUCUCUGCGCCAUCAGGGCCGCCACCACCACCACCGUCCUCCCCUCAAUCAAACCAGGAUGUUCCAACUCUUGUCAGGAGGUUUUGGAAAGUUGCCGCUCCAUAUUGGUCCUCGGAUGAUAAAGUCCAAGCCAGAUUACAGCUGGCCGCUGUAUUUGCCCUCACUUUAGGAACCACUGGAAUCAGUGUCGGUUUCAGUUUCCUCGGUCGUGACUUCUAUAACGCCCUUGCCAACAAAGACCAAGAACAGUUCAGCAAGCAACUCUUAUACUAUCUUGCCGGUUUUGCUGGUGGAAUUCCGUUUUUUGUGCUGAGAGAUUAUGCAAGAGACACUCUUGCUUUGAGAUGGAGGUCUUGGAUGACUACCUAUUAUAUGGAACGUUAUCUAAAGAAUCAGACCUUUUACAAAAUACAGUCCCAAUCGAUGAUUGAUAAUCCAGAUCAGCGAAUUGUUGACGACCUAAGUUCCUUUACAGGAACAGCACUCUCAUUCUCUCUGAUACUUUUCAAUGCAGCUGUAGACUUGAUAUCUUUUAGCAAUAUCCUCUAUGGUAUCUAUCCACCACUGUUUCUUGUACUGCUUGUAUAUUCAAUUGGUGGCACAGCUAUCAGUGUGUUUCUUGGGAGGGGAUUGGUGACCCUAAAUUUCUUACAAGAGAAAAAAGAAGCAGAUUUCCGUUAUGGACUUGUACGCGUUCGAGAAAAUGCUGAAUCAAUUGCAUUCUAUGGUGGUGAGGGAAACGAAAUGCAACUACUGCUGCAGCGUUUCAGAAGUGCUUUUGAAAAUUUAACUGUAUGGAAACCUAAUCUGUUGUCAUUUCUCCUCCCAUAUUUGAUUGUUCGCUUGAAUUCAGGCUAACACCUUUAUAUUGUAGACUUCUUGCUGUCUUAUUUUUUGUUUCCUAGACAUAUCUAUUUUUUAGGAUCUGAGAACCAUUGUGGUUUGCAUUUAUAAACAAAUAUGAUGGACAUGAUUGUGAGAUUUUCAACAAACUUGUAAAAAUUGAGAAAAUUC